AUGGCGGGCGCGCGGGCCGGGCGGGAGGGCGAGGCCGCGGGAACCGACCCCCGAGUCCGCCCGUCCCGCGGCGCAGGUUCAUCUGCUUUACUUUUGAAGCAGCAUUUUAAAGUCCUUCGGCACUUGCCUAGCCACCCAGCAGUGUCCGUUGACUUUGCUCAUCUGCUGGACAUUGACCAACAAGCACAGAGCGACAGCUGUGCGUCAGGCCAGCUGCACUCUACUCUCACAGGCCCUGGGCAGGAGGCUGCAUACAUCCAAGGAGUAAGGGGCGCUUGUGUACAGCUGGCCUGUGGCUCCUGGGCCGCCCCUCUGGUGGUCUUUUGGAGAUUCACCCCCCCGGGCUCACUAGUGCCCCAGCCUUUGGCGGUCAUCAGCAGAGCAGAGUCCAAAGUGGCGGCAGGGGCCUCAGUUCUGGGGACUGUGCAUCUGCAGAACAGCAGCCUGGUGCUGUGUGAGCUACAGGAGGGUGCCCGUGGCCACUUCUUGUGCCAGACCCUGCACACAACCAGCGACCAGCUCCAUACCACCUAUUCCUACCUCACACUGGCCAUCCUGGUGCCUGUAUCGAAGCCUCAGGUGAGGCCGAGUGCCCCAUCUCCGGAGGAGGGAAGCAACCUGGUAGCCACAUGUGCUGUGAGGGAGGGCACAGAGCCGGUGACCUUUGCCUGGCAGCAUCAGCCAGCCCAAGGAGCUGGGGAGGCCCUGGUGGGGGUCACUAAGUCGCUGCUCCACUUGGGUCCAGUCAACCGGACGCACCUGGGCUGGUACAUGUGCAGUGCCCACAACGCUGUCAACCAGCUGAGCAGUGACCAAGUCUUCUUGGAUGUCAUCUAUGAUCCAGAAAAACCUGUGGUCACUGUGGAGCCCCUGGGCUUCUCCGAGGAGGGUUUUUGGGCCACUGAGAGAGAAGAGGUGACCCUGAGCUGCCUGGCUGUAUCCACCCCCCCUAGUCUGUGGCUCCAUGACCACACUCAGGUCCACAUUGAACCUACUUACAUCAUCACCAGCACUGGCCGAGCCCACACAGGUCUGUACACCUGCCUGGCCCACAACAGCCACUUGGACACCCGCAUGCAGGCCACUGUCCAGCUCACCAUCUACUAUCCCCCUGAGGGGCAGCCCUCCUGUGCUGUGCUCCCCACCCUUGGGGCUGUGACUUUGACCUGCGCAUGGCCUGGGGUUCCAGCUGUGCAGCUGCAGUGGGAAGGGCCCCAGGAACCUGGCCCAACUGCCUUCAGCAAUGUCACCUGGAGUCCUGCCUCCUCCCAGCGCCCCAACAACAACGUCUUCACCUGCACUGGCCAGCACCCAGCCCUGGCACUGCUGGCACUCUGCAGGGUCAAGCUGUGGGAGCCCUUCAGGAGCCCCACCUGCUGGGCCACAGCCACAGUGGAAGGCCAGUUCAUCAUGCUGAGCUGUGAGUGGCCAGGAGGCGAGCCCCCUGCCGUGCUGAACUGGCUGGAUGGGGAGCAGCAGCCUCUGGGUGUCAGUAGCUCCUCGCUGGCUGUCCACCUCCUGUGGGUCUAGGAAGAGCUGGCGGGCAGAGAGUUCACAUGCUGGGGCUCCCAAACACUCAGGACCCCUGCUCCCCACUGCCAGCUCCAGCUGGAAGCUCCGCAGCUGGUGGUGGCUGAGCACCAGCUGUCAGUGCUGGAGGGGGGCGAGGCCUGGCUGGGGUGUGCCCUUCUGUGGGGCACACCACCUGCCCAGCUCCUCUGGCUGGGACCCCAGCAACAGCAGGUGGAACCAGGUGCUUCCGGAUUCACGCUGCACAGCGAAGGGCCCCAGCUCCGCCUGCAUGUCCAGCCCGCUGACCCAGCUCGCCAUGGGGGCACCUACUGGUCCGUGGGCCGCAACGCCGUGGGCAGCAGCCAGAGGAGUGUCCUGCUGGAGGUGCUGAGAUAUCCAUCUCCUCUCAAUGUCACCAUCCGACGCCUGAUCUAUGGGAGACACCGGAGGGAGGUGCAGCUACACUGGGUCACUGAGGGCCCCGAGAACCUGACUGGCUUUCUGGUGCAGCAAAGGAGUGGGGUCCCGGCCCCAGGAGCAGGGAUAGGGACGGCAGCCAGUGGCAUUGAGCCAGAGAGCAGGGGCCGGCGACUGGGUGGCUUGGACCCAGGGGUCCUCUAUGCCUUCCAGGUCCUGGCUCUGAAUCACCACACGGCUGGACAUCCGUCUGAGGUGAAGAUACCAGUGGACCCCCCCCCAUUCAGUGCCUACCCAGCAGUGCUGGGUGCAGCAGGCACAGGAAUGGUGGUGGCAAUGGUGGCCUCUCUCCUGGUGUUCCAGUAUGCGGCCCGGCACCCGGAGACUUUCCCCUGUCUUGGUCAAUUGCUUAUUCCCACGGAGCAAAGUCACCAAGAAAGAGGUUCAAGGGAAGACCCUGGCGCACCUGUAGGCACUGAAACACUCCCCACCACCCAUGGUUCAGGUCCUACUCAAGACUCCAUGGACAUGCCUGUAAAUGUCACCAUCCCAGUGUCUGCGACGCCAUGA